AUGGCACAAGGGACAAUAGGGUACUCCCUAGAUGAUGAGGGGCAGCCCGUCCGUGAGAUCGUCAGUGUGAUGAUGACGACAUCUGGCUUCAUAUCUUCCGCUCGUGAGGGCAAACUUCCUGAGUCCAAAGUACCCAACAUCCCCAUGGCUACACCCAGGAGCUCUUCACCCUCUGCUGCCAGUGCUCUUAGCAAGAAAAAGCUUGCAGUGGAGAAGCUGAUCCGGCAGAAGAACAAUCAGGGUGGCCCACAGAAGCCUCCCCCCUCCAAGUCACGUCCUACCAAGGACAAAGGCCCCUCCAAACCUGGCAGUAAGCCUAUGAAGGUGCUCAAGAUACCCAAAAUGCCCAAAAUCCCCAAGAUACCCCAGGUGAAGCCUGGCUCCUCUAUGCCCCAGCCAUCCCCUGCAAACACACCCCUGGCUGCCAGCACCCCUGGUCCCCCAGUGUCCCAGGGAGCAGCUGCUCCUCUGCCUACACCGCCCAAGCUAAAGAUGCCCACACCUAAAAUUAGGGUGCCCAAGCCCCCAAAGACACCCAAGUCUGAGACCAAGAAGGGUUCAUCUACUCCCAAGGCAAAGGACACAAACAAGGACUCUGAGACCAAGAAGUCUAAGAAGGAGAAGGAUGAAAAGGAGAAGGAGCGUGAACGAGAGCGUGAGCUAAUUUUGGCUCUGGCAGCCUCUGCAGAUGUGACAGUGACAUCCAUUCCGCCACCAGCCAAGGCACAGGAGGCGCCCCCAGACAAGUUGAGCAUUUUCAAGAAGAUCAAGCCCAAAGGGGAGACCAAGGAAGCCGACCGGACAGGUGAACGUGAAGUGCACCCAUCACGUGACAGCUCUCCAGACCUCAUGAUAGAUGAAAACCCUCGGAUGGCUCAGCGAAGGCCGCCUGAGGACCUGGCUGUCCUGGACAACCCUGUGCCUGCACUGGACGCCUCCAUGGAUGAGCUGGAUUGCUCACCUGGAGACUUCCCUUCCUACCAGGAUGACAUGUCCCCACCAGGCACACCCUCCACGCCCCGUACCCCAGAGCUGCCCCAGCUGGCCAUUCGCAAAACACCUGAGAAGUGGAAGGGCAAGGAGCGUGGCAGAGAAAGACGCCCCAAGAAGGACCGCUCCAAGUCACCCAAGUGUGGCUUCAGCCCAGGCCGAAGGGAGCACUCGGCCUCAGAAAGUGAGACGCCGGACCGUCCCAAAACGCCUGAGGUGGGGCUGCCCUUGGACAGCCUGGGUCCCCCAUCCACCUCCACCCCAUUCUCCUUGCCCCCCUUCCCAAAUGCACCGGGCUUCAUUCCCCCUUUCUCCCGCUUCCCAUUCAUCCCUCCCUAUGGUGGACCCCCACUACGGCCGGGUAUCCCCCCAAUGCCAGACCUACGGCUACCACCCCACACCUUCUUGCAGAGACUAGCAGCACCGGGCAGCAAGCGGCCACUGGAUGACGAUCACCUAGGCCUGGAUGAGCCAGAGCCCUUGGAGCGUCCCCUCACCCCUAGGCAUGAUAGGGACUUCAGCCCUUUGCCACCCCCUGGGCACCCCUCCCCCCUGCGCUCACCCUCACCUACACAGUCCUCUGCAACACCCCCAAGACCACGCACCCCUGCCCACCACUCCCCACCCCCACUUAUCAAAGUCAAGCCAGAAAAACCAGAGAAGUCAGAGAAGGAGAAGAUCAGUCCAGCUUUUCAUGACUGGAGCAAGGAAAAGUUGGCUCACUACAAAUAA